CUCUCCGGCCUGCCUGCGACGGCAAGCUCUGUAGUGUCUCCUUUGCCGCACUCUUUAGUUCGGUCGUGAAUUACGCUUCGAACGGGAGUAGAGGUGCAUUCGUCGUGUGUAGCGUUGAUUUCUGUCUCUGCUGUUUGUGCCACAUUCUCACAUACAGCUAUAGAACACAGAAGAAGAAAGGAAGAAAAUCAUUUGUUAGUUGGCGAAAAAGUGUUUUUAAUUUUUCCGGAUUAUUUAGUGCAUUUUGCCAGAGUAGAUUUCCAAGAGUGAUAGAAAAUUACCCCUAGAAGUGUAACAGUGUGUAAAUAGAGUACAACAGUGUGUUAACGAUCAGAAAGAUUAUGAAAAUAUGAGUGCAUCGACACCAACGCAGCCACCAGCAGGGCCUCCGGUUCCGCCGGUGAAACCGAUUCUCUCGUCUCCCGGUGCCUACAUGGCGAACUUUCAAUCGAGUCCGCUCAACUCGGCCACCGGUGCGCCCACGGCUCCAGCGGUGGGUGGCAGUCCGGCUGCCCCGGUUACCGCCGGUAUUCACAGUAGCAACAAAACACACGAAAAGCCAACGAUAGCGGCCCGGCCAAUUCCACCUCCAACGCUGCCAAAAUACUCGUCCUCGUUCAACAAGAUCGACCGCGAUCGCAACGAGUUCACCAAGAUUGACAAAGCGGAGCGCGAGAAGCUCCAGUCAAAGCGUGAAAUGUUCUUCAAAUCGGAGAGUAACAGCCCGUCUGGGCCACCCCCGAAUCCACCGGUGCUGAGCAAUCUCAACCUGGCGAACAAUAACAUAGUGCAUAACAGUGCAUCGCAUCUAAACAAUGCCAACUCCGUCGGCGAUAGGCAUUCAAUUAACUCGCAUACUAAUAACUCCAUCGGCCUGUCGUCUAACGUGACUAACAUGAACAACAACAUCAACAACAAUAACAACAACAAUCACAGCAGCGUCACAAGCAACGGUACGAGCGUGAACGGACUGGCCAAUAGUUUAACCAAUAUUUCAUUAAAAGAGAAACGCGACGCAAUCCUGAAUGCCAACAAUCAUCACGACGGGUUACUGCAGAACAACGGCCAUCUGGAUUCGAACAAGCUGCUGCACGAGCGCCACGAGAAGGAGAAACCCGUCAUCAAGUCGAAACCCAAGGAACUGGACGGCUAUGUAGGUUUCGCGAAUCUUCCCAAUCAGGUGUACCGGAAGGCGGUCAAGAAGGGCUUCGAGUUCACCCUGAUGGUGGUUGGUGAAACUGGUUUAGGAAAAUCUACACUGAUCAACUCGAUGUUCCUGUCGGACGUUUACCAUCCAGAGCAACAUCCGGGACCAUCCAAACGAAUUAAGAAGACAGUGGCGGUGGAAAGCACUAAAGUAUUGCUUAAGGAGAAUGGGGUCAACUUGACGCUGACCGUCGUGGACACACCCGGUUUCGGUGAUGCUGUGGAUAACAGCAAUUGCUGGAAACCGAUUGUGGACUUUGUCGAGAACAAGUACGAGGAAUAUCUGACGGCGGAGUCGCGCGUCCAGCGGACAGCCAUCCCGGACACCCGUGUGCACGUGUGUCUCUACUUUAUCGCCCCCUCCGGUCACGGGUUGAAGCCUUUAGAUAUCGAAUUUAUGCAGCGGCUGUGCGACAAAGUCAACAUCAUUCCAGUUAUAGCUCGGGCGGACACACUGACGCCGGAGGAAAUUACGCUGUUUAAGAAACAGAUUCUCAACGAAAUUGCUCAGCACAAGAUCAAGAUCUACGACUUCCCGGACCCCUCGGACGAGGAGGAGGACGCAAAAACCCUUCGACAGUUGCGAAGCCGCGUUCCGUUUGCGGUGGUUGGUGCUAAUGCGAUCGUGGAAAUCGACGGACGCAAGGUUCGUGGCCGUCGGCAUCCAUGGGGUGUUGUUGAAGUCGACAACCUGGACCACUGCGAUUUCGUAGCCCUGCAAAAUAUGGUCAUUCGAACCCACCUGCAGGACCUGAAGGACGUCACGAACAACGUGCACUACGAAAACUACCGCUGUCGAAAGCUGGCCGGAUUGGGUAACGAUGGAAAGUCGAAACUAAGCAACAACAUAUGCAAUAUUGGAACAAUUAACGCAAACUCAUUCGGUACUGGAUGGAACCCGCUAGCCCAGAUGGAAGAGGAAAAGCGUGAGCACGAAUCCAAGAUGAAGAAGAUGGAAGCCGAGAUGGAGCAAGUGUUCGAGAUGAAGGUCAAAGAGAAGAAGCAGAAGCUAAAGGAUUCCGAAGCUGAGCUGACCAGAAGGCAUGAAGAGCGGAAAAAGGCCCUGGAGCUGCAGAUCCGCGAGCUGGAAGACCGCCGAAAAGCAUUCGAGAUAGAGAAAGCCGAAUGGGAACAACAGAACGGCGUUACGCUGGAGGAACUGCGGCGCAAGAGCCUCGAAGCCAACAGCAAAGAAACAAUGGACAGUAAAGAUAAAGGUAAGAAGAAGAAGGGUCUGUUUUAGAAGCAGCCACAAUCGUGUUGUGUUUUCCUCGAUCGUUCGAUUCACUAUUGUUCGUCAAAGGCUUGGCCAUCGAGUGCUUUGCAGACGAUCCUUUCUUCCGAAACAGCAAAAACAAGAGAAAAAGAAACAAACACAGACACGCAUCCAUAAGCCACCCUUUUCGACUACUUUUACUACUGCUACUGCUAUUACUACUACUACUAUUACUACUAUCACUAUUCCUCCACAACCUACCUACCGCUCUAGUAGUAUUAGAUCUACCGUACCGUCACCAAUGUUUAGUGUAUUACGUAUACUACUACAGUAACUAUCGCUAAACAACAACAAACAACAGCUCGCAGCGGUUUAUGUGUGCGAGUACAACAAACACGACUCCAAAAAAAAAAAAAAGGAAAAAACACACAAUAGUUCACUACUACUACAGCAACAUCGAGCAACAGUGAAAUUGAAAACAGCAAUGGACAGUAGAUAUAUAAUUGUAGUCUAUAUAAAAAACUUGAAACAAAAAAAGAAAACAAGCGCACGCAAGCGCUUGAGAACAUACGUUUAAGUUAAGACACAAACAUUUGAUUUCUGUACGUCUUUUGUUUUAUGUUCCGUGUGUAAGCUAUGACAAAAAAAAAAGAUGUGAAAAAUUAUGAUAUUCAUGUAUAGAUUGAUUAUGACGAUAAUGAUGAGUAUAUUAUGUAAUGGUUUUUAUUUACUCCGGCAUUUUCGCAUCAGUAAAAUGUAAAAAAAAAACGCGCGCACAUUAAAGAGCAAGUACGUAAACACACACAGACACAUUUACACAUUAUUCACAAUCGAGUCGCGCGUGUGUGCGUUCCGAUAUCGUUUCCAAAGUUACGAUGAAAAACAAACGGUUAGCAACCACAGCAGCAACAGUAACAGCGCAGCAAUGUGUGUAAUCGUUUAACGGAUAUGCCAUAUAUAUUUAGAGUAUGUAUAUUUAUUAAAUUAUUUUAUUUUUUAAAAAAAGUUUAUUUUUAUAAAAUAAAGUUUUUUGAAACAAUUUUAUACACCAUUUUCCCGCGGUAGUACACGAUACAAACAUGCAUACAACAACAAAAAAUUACAGCCUACUGAUAGAAACUGGCAUGAAUAUAAUGAUACACGCUUAGUUUUGUCCACGUGUUAAAAUGCACGCUUUCCCAUGCAAAUGGCGAUCUUUUUGUUCUGUUUCAUUCGUGUAAAAAGUUAACCAGUAAGAAAUUAUUCAAUCAAUAGAAUCAAGUAAAAUACAAGCAGUUAGGGCUUCUUUCCCGAAUUUGGGAGUUCAAGAAGCAAGACAAGAUUCACGAAAAAAAAAACUUCACAGGCAGGGGUAAUAUUAUGAGGAAACAGGUUUGGACUGCAAUUUUAUCAUCGAUUUCAGCUUUAGUAGUUAAUCCACCAGAAAUAGUAACUUUUUAAAUCCGAGUAAGUGAUGACUACCGUUCACCAGACAACCAUGAGUGAACAAUUCAACAAGCAGUCGGAGAGGUUAGACACUGAGAAAAAAAUAACAAACAACAGCAAGUUUAUCGGUUUUAAGAAAUAGAGAGAUAACUUUUUGUAGCGGCUAAAAUCUCAUUUUUAUAAGAUUCCGAUAAAUUUGAAGAUUUUAAUACAAUGUUAGCGGUGGUUCGUGGCUAGUUUUUUUAGCACAGCAAUCCCGCUUUUAAAGCACCGAUUUUUCGAGCAUACAUUUCAAAUAAGACAGACUCAACUCGCUUUUGUCGGUACACAAAAGGGGGAAGCAAAGCAUACAACGAAGGUAGUAAUUUUUGACAUAUUUCAAGCUGUUUUUUCUCCACCGAGUGCGUUUAUUUCUCUUUCGAUUAAUCGUUCUCAAUCCAAUUCAAAAUAUUAAAUUCUUUUGUCGAUUUUUUGAAAUCUUAUACUAAAAUCGAUCCAAAACUAGAAAUCAUCUGUGGUUUGAUUCGAGGUUUUCACGAACACUUUUUAGCGGUUAAUCUUUCGCCUGUCCUGCUUGGGGUGUAGGGUUAUUUCACACAGCCUCUAUAAGACACUUGAUAUGAUGGUCGUUUGCCGAAUGACCAAACAAUCACGAAUGUGUUGUGAAAAAGCUUGACACCAAAUGACAGCUUUGAUCAAUCUGUACAAAGUCUAAAAGAAAAACUUCAGCGUGAAAAAAAAAACAAAGCAAACUUUAACAAAAAAAAAAAAAACAA